UGGAAAAGGACCUUUCUAAGAAUGCGGAAGUGGAGCAGUGAAUUCCUAUGGAUCUUUCCUAUUGUACUUCAGUGCAAUGGACAGUUCUAUAGGAUAUGAUUAAGUGGGAUGGAUGAAAACAAUGAAUGUGGCGAGGUGGACUAUUUGCUGCAAGCUGAAGGCUCACUCAUAGAGGGAGUCAGCAACCCAGUCCUGUUGGUUGUCGUUCUCAGUGUCACGUUCCUGKGUGGACUGGUAACUCUGCUCUGCAGAAAUGAGCAGUAUAACAUCCACCCAGAGAACCAGGAGCAUGUUCGUGCUGUCCGGCAACAGCUACAGUCCGAAUCGCAGGAAGCUGAACCAGCCGAACCCAGGCAACAGUUCUAUACAGACAUGUCCUGUCCRGUGUGUCUACAGCAGGCCGUGCUGCCUGUGGAAACUAACUGCGGCCACCUCUUCUGUGGUAAGUGUGGCUGUCGCACUAGACUGAUAGAAACAAGGAAUCAGAACCAGGCCAUAGCAGAGUAUGUGAGUGGAGCGAGGAGUUGGACGCUGCCCAAUUUGACUGGAGCGAGUUUCMUAAAGGCCGGAGCGUCAGCCGCUUYGUCUAAUUCAAUUUUACUCCAGUAGCGAUCAAUUCACGAGUUCUUUACUGACGUUAUUGUCCC